AUGUCCUCAGUCAGUGAAGUGAAUGUUGAUAUCAAAGAUUUCCUAAUGAGCAUUAAUUUGGAGCAGUACCUCUUACGCUUCCGCGAAUUUGGUUUUAAUAAUGUAAGGGACUGUGCAGAAAUAAAUGACAGCGUGCUCCUCAAAGUUGGAAUAUCACCUACAGGACACCGGAGGAGGAUACUUAAACAGUUACAGAUAAUCCUGUCAAAAAUGCAAGAUAUCUCAAUAUAUGCAAAUGUUCAUAAAACAAAGAAGAAUGAUGAGGCUUCAGAGGAUCACCAUGCUCCAUCUUCUCGGAAUACCUGCCUAGAACUUUCAGAUUCACACAGUGUUCAGACACCCAGCCCAACGCAGCUGGAGACUGUUACAAGAAGUCUUGAUCAAAAUGAGGUUAGUGUGGAAAAUAGCCAGUCUUUUAAAUCAGAUGAUAAGCUGACUCUUCCUACAUACAACUUUCCCAUUCCGGAAGAAGAACCACACCUGAAUUCAGAUUCUUUUCAAGGUUCUUUAUUUGGUAGUGAAAUUACUGACGUAGAAUCUUUGACUGCACAAAAGACUGUCGACUGUACAACCGGAGAAGAACAAACAAAAAAAGUUGAUUUGAUCUCAGAAAAUGUGAGCAAGCUUCCUAGUGCAGACCCUGAAUUCCUUUCUUCCCCUGACUGUUCAGUAUCAGAAGCAAAUUCUGGAAAUGGAACUAAUCGUUUAUUAGAAAGCUCACCACCAUCCCCAUUCUUUCAAUUUCAAGGAGAAAUGGUUGUAAAUGAUUUGUAUGUUCCGUCAUCGCCAGUCCUAACACCUAUGAGAAGUCAUAGCAAGUUGGUUUCAAGACCAUCUCGAUCUUUUCUGCUAAGACAUCGGCCUGUACCAGAGAUUCCAGGGUCAGCAAAAGGAAUUUCAGGGAGCUAUUUCCGUGAGAGAAGAAAUGUUCCUACCUCAACUGGAAAAUCUAUGACACAGCAAAAUACGAAUGAGGAGAAUUCAUCUUCCAUUUUCCCUUAUGGAGAAACCUUUCUCUUCCAGAGACUAGAAAAUUCCAAGAAGAGAUCCAUAAGGAAUGAAUUUUGGACCCAGGAAGAAACACUCAAAGGGGAAACAACUACUGAAAGAAACUCAUUUUUUGUCAAAUCAAGCGUAUAUGAUAACAGGAUGGAGAAUGUAAGUGAAGACAAAGUAGAAGAUAUUUGGAUACCUCGAGAGGACAAAAACAAUCUUCCUAUAGACUCUGCUUCGGAAUCAGAAUAUUCAACAGUAGAAGAAUGCUUUCAGAGUUUAAGAAGAAAACAUUCAAAGCCAUCUAAAUCUAGGACUCAAAAAGCAGUGAAUUUGGCCUCUGUUAAUAGGCACAGUUAUCCACUAAGCUCAACAAGUGGAAAGGCUGAUUCAUCAAUCAUUUCCUCAAACGUAAUAUCUCCCUAUGCCUGUUUUUAUGGAUCAUCUGCAAGAAAGGUUAAAUCGGGAUGGCUUGACAAACUCUGUCCCCAAGGAAAACGCAUGUUUCAGAAGAGAUGGGUGAAAUUUGAUGGCCUUAGCAUUUCUUAUUACAAUAACGAUAAGGAGAAGUAUUCAAAAGGAAUAAUUCCCCUUUCUGCUAUAUCUACGGUACGAGUUCAAGGAGACAACAAAUUUGAAGUUGUUACAACACAAAGAACUUUUGUUUUUAGAGUAGAAAAAGAAGAGGAGAGAAAUGACUGGAUCAGCAUACUGUUAAAUGCACUGAAGUUACAGGCCCUUUCCUCACAGUCUCAAGGAGCUGUUGCACCUGAGAAAUGUGGAUAUCUUGAACUGAGAGGCUAUAAAGCUAAAAUUUUUACUGUGUUAAGUGGAAACAGUGUGUGGCUUUGCAAAAAUGAACAGGAUUUUAAGAGUGGACUUGGUAUUACCAUAAUUCCUAUGAAUGUAGCAAAUGUAAAGCAAGUGGACCGAACUGUGAAACAGUCUUUUGAAAUAAUCACUCCCUAUAGGAGUUUUAGCUUUACAGCCGAGUCUGAAAAAGAGAAACAAGAGUGGAUUGAAGCUGUGCAGCAAUCGAUAGCAGAAACUCUCUCUGAUUAUGAAGUAGCUGAGAAGAUUUGGUUCAAUGAGUCCAACAGGAGCUGUGCAGAUUGUAAAGCCCCAAAUCCUGACUGGGCAUCCAUCAAUCUCUGUGUUGUCAUCUGUAAGAAGUGUGCAGGGCAACAUAGAUCUUUAGGACCAAAAGAUUCCAAGGUUAGAAGUCUGAAAAUGGAUGCCAGCAUUUGGAGCAAUGAACUCAUUGAGCUUUUUAUUGUCAUUGGAAACAAAAGAGCUAAUGACUUUUGGGCUGGUAGUCUUCAAAAAGAUGAAGAAUUACAUGUGGACUCUCCAGUAGAAAAGAGAAAAAACUUUAUCACUCAGAAAUACAAAGAAGGAAGAUUCAGAAGAACCCUUUGGGCAUCUCUUACCAAGGAAGAAUUAAAUAAGGCUUUGUGUGCUGCUGUGGUGAAACCAGAUGUUCUGGAAACAAUGGCUUUGCUGUUCAGUGGAGCAGAUGUCAUGUGUGCAACAGGUGACCCUGAGCAUAGCACCCCCUAUCUGCUGGCCAAGAAGGCAGGGCAGAGUCUGCAAAUGGAAUUUCUCUACCAUAACAAAUUCUCAGAUUUCCCUCAACAUGACAUACAUUCUGAAGGUGGAUUAAGUCAGGAGUCUUCCCAGUCCACGUUUCUCUGUGACUUUUUGUAUCAGGCUCCUGCUGCAGCUUCCAAACUCUCUUCAGAAAAAAAACUGCUGGAAGAGACAAAUAAAAAGUGGUGUGUUCUGGAAGGAGGCUUCUUGAGUUACUAUGAAAAUGAUAAGUCUACCACGCCUAAUGGCACCAUUAAUAUCAAUGAAGUUAUCUGCCUGGCUGUACACAAAGAAGACUUCUGUUUAAAUACCGGGCCCAUCUUUACCUUCGAGAUCUAUUUACCCUCAGAACGUGCAUUUUUAUUUGGAGCUGAAACAUCUCAAGCUCAAAGAAAAUGGACAGAAGCAAUAGCCAAGCAUUUUGUUCCCUUUGUUGCUGAAAACUUAACAGAAGCUGACUAUGAUUUGAUUGGUCAACUCUACUACAAAGACUGCCACGCCCUGGAUCAGUGGAGAAAAGGCUGGUUUGCUAUGGACAAAUCUAGUUUGCGUUUUUACCUUCAAAUGCAAGAAGGUCAGGAGGAUAGAAUGCACUUAAGAAGACUGCAAGAACUAACAAUUAGCACAAUACUUCAAAAUGGGGAAAAAUUGGAUGUCUUGCUCUUGGUAGAAAAAGGGAGAACAUUAUAUAUCCAUGGGCAUACCAAGUUGGAUUUCACAGUCUGGCAUACUGCAAUUGAAAAAGCAGCAGGUACAGAUGGGAAUGCAUUACAAGAUCAGCAGCUCAGCAAAAAUGACGUUCCCAUUAUCGUGAACAGCUGUAUAGCAUUUGUUACACAGUAUGGUUUAGGGUGCAAAUAUAUCUAUCAAAAGAAUGGUGAUCCUUUACAUGUAAGUGAACUCCUGGAGAGUUUCAAAAAGGAUGCAAGAAGCUUUAAAUUGAGGGCUGGAAAACAUCAGCUUGAAGAUGUGACGGGCGUAUUGAAGAGUUUUCUCUCUGACAUUGACGACGCACUUCUUACUAAGGAGCUCUAUCCAUAUUGGAUCUCUGCCUUAGAUACCCAAGAUGACAAGGAAAGAAUUAAAAAAUAUGGAGCAUUUAUACGUACUCUUCCUGGGGUCAACCGAGCAACGUUGGCAGCUAUAAUUGAACACCUUUAUAGGGUUCAGAAAUGCUCAGAAAUCAAUCACAUGAAUGCCCACAAUUUGGCCUUGGCUUUUUCCUCCUGUUUGUUUCAAACUAAGGGACAAACUAGUGAAGAAGUGAAUGUAAUUGAGGACUUAAUUAAUAAUUAUGUUGAAAUAUUUGAGGUUUCCCAGGCUGGAGAUUUGUUAAUUGAAGUAUAUGUGGAAAGGAAGGAACCUGACUGCAGUAUUAUAAUUCGGAUAUCUCCCGUGAUGGAAGCAGAAGAAUUAACUAAUGACAUAUUAGCAAUAAAAAAUAUAAUUCCUACAAAAGAUGAUAUCUGGGCCACAUUUGAAGUCAUAGAAAAUGAAGAGCUUGAGCGCCCUCUUCACUACACAGAAAAUGUGUUGGAACAGGUGCUUCAGUGGAGUUCAUUAGCUGAACCUGGAUCUGCUUAUCUUGUGGUGAAGAGAUUCUUAACCAUUGACACAGUUAAACACUAUAAUGAGAGGAAGGCCCUGGAAAGUAUCAAAGAGGGAGUCUUGAAAAUCAAAGAAGAACCAUCUAAAAUACUCUCUGGAAAUAAGUUUCAAGACCGGUAUUUUGUUUUACGAGAUGGGUAUCUCUUUCUUUACAAGGAUAUGAAGAGUAGUAAACCUGACAAAAUGUUUUCUGUCAGUUCAAUGAAGUUUUAUCUUGGAGUAAAAAAGAAGAUGAAGCCUCCAACAAGUUGGGGAUUGACGGCAUAUUCUGAAAAACAUCUCUGGCACCUGUGUUGUGAUAGUUUACAAACUCAGAUGGAGUGGAUGGCCAAUGUCUUUAUCGCCCAGCAUGAAAAUGAUAUAUGGCCACCAGCUGGAAAGGAAAGAAAACGUUCUAUAACCAAAACUCCCAAAAUUGGAGGUUUGCCUCUAAUUCCCAUCCAGCAUGAGAAAAAUGCAACCCAAGACUGGAGAGAUAUUGAGAGUGCAAAAGCAGAACUCGAAAGGCUACGGCUCAGUGCAAAGCGUGACCAAGAGCCUGGGGAUGGCACCUUAAAGGAGAGAGCCUCCAUCGUGUCCCAGUGCCUGGAGCACAAGGAUGAGAAACUUCGAAAUCGAACCAGAAAACAUUGGAGUUUCAACUGUCUGGAGGACACAGAGGCUGAGGUCCUUCAAGGGCAACAGAAAGGCCAUAAAGGCCUAAAGACAUUGAGGAAGACUGAGGACAGGAAUGGCAAAGCUACUUUGGACUCUAAUAAUAAGUUACCACCAAAGGUCAUUGAAGAGCUUAAUGUGGUUCUACAGCGGUCAAGAGCCCUUCCAAAAGAGUUACAGGCUGAGCAGAUGGUGCAAAAAUAAAUAAAAUGACUUGUCUUGCAAAUUAUUUUUUUAAAUAUUGUAUACAAUGUAUGUGUGCAAACCAGA